AUGUCGAACAAGUCCGAGGAGGUUGAAGAGCCACAGCCAGCGUAUCCACAGCAGGAGCCGCAGCAGCAGCACCAGCAGCAGGAGGAGGAGGAGGGGGUGGAAGAGACGGUGAUUGAGGAAGAGGCCGAUCGUGGCACUGGCGGCGAUGCCGUCGUGGAGGAGAGCGUUAGUGUGCCUCCGCCGCAGGAGCAACAGGAGGAGCAGGAGCAGCUGCAGGAUGCAUCACAAGAACACGAGGCGCAGGCGGUGCAGCGAGAGGAAGUGGAAGCGGACGAACACGCAGGGGGCCCGCCAGGAAUUGUAGAAGUGGCAGACAACAAUGCGACGGAGGAAGGUGUGACGGUAGCCUCCCACUCCUUGCCGCCGCCCCUUGGGAGUGGCGGCGCACAGGAGGCGGACGGCGAGACGCAGAGCACCGGCACCGAUCGCCGGUUACAAAUGUCCAGCACGCUGCCGCCUUUAGCGGCCGCGCCGGUGCCUGAGGAAGGGGUAGUACCUCCGCUCAAAGCAGGACGCGGUGCGGUGGGGCAACCGCCCACUGUGGGGAACCGUGGAACCGAAGUGGGACUAAAGUAUUCUUCGUUUGGUAAUUUUGUGCCGCCGGAGAACGUGAAUACAAUGACGCCCACGGAGGAGUACAUGACCUUCCGGGCGCGCAACGGCGUCUCCCACAACUACAGAGGGCCCGUCUUUGUUGUGGAGGACAUCCAUGUGAUGUGCGCAGAGUGCGGUGCCCCGGUGGACCCGGUCACGCGCGUUCCGGCCGGAAAGCUUUUCUUUCAUCCGCAGUGCAUCAGCUGCAAGUUGUGUCGGCGCAUCGACAUCGCCGAUGCCUACUUUCAGGCCGCGAGCAACGGCGCCAUCUGCUCGGAGUGUGCCUCGAAGGGGUUCGCGCGGUGGGUGCCGCGGGAGGCUGCCGCGGCGCGCGGGAUCGUUCCAGGCGCCGUCGUUGGCAAAAUUGACGAGGCCGUCAAACUCUACGACCUCAAGAACAAACUGCGGCCGAGCAACCACUCCACCGUGGCGGGGGCCGUUCCGCCCACGCUUGUGGUGCGGAGCGUUUCCGACCCUCGCAGCCAAACCUCGAAGGCGUGCGCCCUGGUUCAGCGGCAGCAGUACUACACACAGAACGACAACAACAUCAUUUGCAUGCCGCCGGCUUCGCCGAAGCGGCGCUCGCGGACGUCUAGCGUGAGCCGGCAGCAGGGAAGGAAGGAGGACAUGCCCAAGCUGAUGUAG